UGCCCAGUAGAGAGGGAGGCCAGGGAAGAGCGCAGGAGGAGGAAACGGUACCGGCAGGAGGCCUGGCUCGCGCGAGCCUGAGGCUGCAGGGGGCGGGGCAGGGAGGCGGGGCUUUCCCGGCCACGGCCAGGGGGCGGGGCCUCGGAUCUGAAGGGUGGGCUUUGGAGGGCCGUGAGGAGCUGCUUCCUGGUCGCCUGGACUCCUCGGCUUCCGCCUUAGCUCAAACCCUGGCCGGCCCGGCCCCAGGGUCACCAUGGAGUCAACGCUGGGUGCGGGCAUCGCGAUGGCCGAGGCGCUGCAGAACCAGCUGCCCUGGUUGGAGAACGUGUGGCUCUGGGUCACCUUUCUGGGCGACCCCAAGAGCCUCUUUCUGUUCUACUUCCCCGUGGCCUACUACGCCUCUCGCCGGGUGGGCAUCGCGGUGCUCUGGAUCAGCCUCAUCACCGAGUGGCUCAACCUCGUCUUCAAGUGGUUUCUGUUUGGAGACAGGCCCUUUUGGUGGGUCCAUGAGUCUGGGUACUACAGCCAGGCUCCAGCCCAGGUUCACCAGUUCCCCUCUUCUUGUGAAACUGGUCCAGGCAGCCCUUCCGGACACUGUAUGAUCACAGGAGCAGCCCUUUGGCCCAUAAUGACGGCCAUCUCUUCCCAAGUGGCCACUCGGACCCACAGCCGCUGGGUGAGGGUGAUACCUAGCUUGGCUUAUUGCACCUUCCUGCUGGCGGUCGGCUUGUCCCGGGUCUUCCUCUUAGCACAUUUCCCUCACCAGGUGUUGGCUGGCCUAAUAACUGGUGCUGUCCUGGGCUGGCUGAUGACCCCCCGGGUGCCCACGGAGCGGGAGCUAAGCUUCUACGGGUUGACCUCACUGGCCCUCUUGCUGGGUGCCAGCCUCAUCUAUUGGACCCUCUUUACACUGGGCCUGGAUCUUUCUUGGUCCAUCAACCUAGCCUCUAAGUGGUGUGAACGGCCUGAGUGGGUGCACUUGGACAGCCGGCCCUUUGCCUCUCUGAGCCGCGACUCAGGGGCCGCCCUGGGUCUGGGCAUCGCCCUUCACUCCCCCUGCUAUGCCCAGGUGCGGCGGGCAUACCUGGGACACGGCCAGAAGCUAGCCUGCCUUGCGUUGGCCAUGGGGCUGCUGGGCCCCCUGGACUGGCUGGGCUACCCCCCUCAGAUCAGCCUUUUCUACAUCUUCAAUUUCCUCAAGCACACCCUCUGGCCAUGCCUGGUCCUGGCCCUCGUGCCCUGGCUGGUGCACACAUUCAGUGCCCAGGAAGCACCACCCAUCCGCUCCUCCUGACCCUAGGUGCCUCCUGCUGUCACUUUCCCUCUCACAAAGCCCACACGCUCCGUGACCUCCACACUCCGGGGAGGCAGCCCCGUCCCCUUCCAGCCCCCAGCAGGCCCUGCUCGUGGUGAAUUUUCUAAUUCUCCCACCACCUGGUCUCAGCCCCAAAGGAGGGCCUUCUCUCUCCCAGGAAGGCUGGUCCUACUCCUGCCUUCCCUCCCAAGUCCCCAAAGGGCAAAGGCAACAGCGAGACAAGUGGGUUCCUGUAACACUGUGAGGGGCUCAGAGCAGCCCCAAUAAAGCCCUUCCACACCUCUGGA